UAACCAGGGGUAAGAGGAGAAUCUAGAAGCUAAAAAUAUCUCUGUGUUCUUUCAGACAAAGCACAACACUGGAACACUCAACACAAGCUUGACAGUCAAGCAAAUGUUUGACGACCUCCUCAAUCAAAUUCAUCACUCCUUAUGAGGUUGUUGGCGGAUGACGCAAAGACGACGAAAAUAAGCAAGGAAACGUGUGUUCAAGCAGAAAAAAAAGGAUUUAAAAUUUUUGCCAUCGCCAGCAGCUGGAAUAUCGAAAUAUGAAGAUGGUGGCCGUGGCUUUGUUCUCAAUUCUCGAUGCGGUCGCGGCUUUGAGCAAUUUCGCUGUUCUGUGCCUCAUUCUAACAAGAACGUCCAUGCGAACAGUCAGCAAUUUAUUCCUCGUUGGUUUGACAUUGACACAGCUUUUCAUGACAGCCUUGGUUAUUCCAUUCUCGAUUGUCACUUUCUCGCAACAGUCGUGGCAGUUUAGCGACGGAUUUUGUCAAUUUCAGGGGUUUUUAACCAUUUUUCUUUCAAUUUCAUCUGCUACCUUCAUUUCUGUUAUUUCAGUGGACAGAUUCUUUUCCUUAGCAAACCCGAUGAGUCAUGCAGCAAAUAUCACAGCAAGACAUGUCCUUUUCGCGUCUAUAUUCAACUGGUUACACUCUUUAUUUUGGGCCGCGUUUCCUCUCUUCGGACUUGAAGGACUUAAAUAUAACUACGUUCCUGCGAAAAAUGGCUGCCGAUUCCGCUGGGAUCUAAAAGGCUCCUACUUCAUUUAUUAUUAUUUCGUCGCCAUGGAAAGCUUUCUCCUCACAUUCUUCACGAUGUGUUUAAUGUACUUCAAAAGUUUCCAAACUGCUCGAAAAAGCGCGCUGCAGGUCCGACCGGGCAAUAUUCAAAUCCAGGUCUUACAGAACGGCGAGUUCACCUCCGUAGCGCAAACAAACAACAACUUUCAAAGUUUGAAAGCAAACUUAACCUUAACGUUGAUCAUUGGGUCGUUUAUGAUCUCUAGAGGUCCGCUGGCGAUUUUUAACAUUGUAACCAGCUUUACCAGUGAAGGAUAUUUUUCAACACUGACAGAGACAAUUGUGUCGUUCAUGCUGUUUCUUGGUCCAUUGUUCGACGCGCUCGUUUACGUUUUUUUAAAUCGAAAGCUUCGUAAAGAGGUUUUUCUAAUUCUGCGGAAAUGUUUCAAGAAAAUUGAUGAAGAAGAAGAGCCUAAAGAUAUUGUGGACUACUUGAGGACGCUCACAGAUAAUUACGUAUCUAAGCGAAAUUCAUCGACAGACAUCGAGGAGCAUUGAGGGGAAAAUUCUGAACACUUUAUAUUCACGACGAAAAUAACGAUUACGCAAAAAGGCAAGAUGACGAGGUGAAUUCAUCUCGUUUGACGAAAAAAAAAAUGUAUAUUCUUCUGUAAAUUUUUCUGAUUAGCAUGGCUAUUACGGAUAAACUGAAAAACAGCCGAUGAGAUAUAAUUCUAUUACCAUGAUAAGGGACAAAAUAGAGUAGGAUUACUGUCGAUUCUUGAUAUGUUUGUAAUAAUAUUUCUCAAUACCAGAAUAUAACUAAUUUCCAUCUUUUUCUCGUAAUCAUAAUUCCUUCGAAUUUUUAUUUCAAAAGGGGUGAAAAUCCACUUUUGUAAAGAGUAUUGUAAUUAUGGUAAAAUUAAAAUCCUGUCUUCAAAUGCGGGAAGGCGUCAUACUCCAAAAUAUGCAUAUUAUGUAAAAAUUCGACUUACUAUUUCAAGACUAUUACCGAGAAAAUCUAUGUUCAUAAAUAUUUGCAUUUUUUAGUUUCUUCCUGGAAUAAAAUAGCAACUAAAAAUAACGAAGUUUUCAAUUCUAUACCUUACUUCUGAAAUCUUGAAGGCAAAAUAUAGAUCGAAGAAAAAGAAUAAAAAGUACAAGUUUUUCAGUGCGUGGGGUUUUCUAAGUUGAUAAUUCCGCCUUUUAGUCUAAAACAAAAAUAAAACAAACAGCUGGGCAUGACUUGUUUUAUUUGGGAAAAUUACGAAUAAAUCUUGAAUUUUCAAGACGCUGGCAUAUUCCAGUUCAAAUCACUAAUAUUUUCUCGGCAAACCGAGAAUUUUUUUUCAUUUUUUAUUUUUAUUUUAGACUAUUCCAACUGUUUGUCAAAUCUAUACUUGAGGAUUCUUAGACCGCAAAAAUUUUCACAAGAAACAUUCACAGAGAUACCUGGGGUAGAUGUUUGUACAUGUAUUCGACGGUUUAAUUAAAAGCCAACAAAAUGUUGCAGAAAAGCGCCAAAUGUAAACAGUCACUUAUUUCAAGAUGUAUGGAACAAAUGAUCGCAUACCAAUUAUUAGAACAGGUAAUCGCCAAUGUGUCGUGGUGUGUUCACCGAUCUUAAGGUUACCUUGGACCUUCGCGGGUGUCCUUACUAAAAAAAAUUGUCAGAUGUUGCUUCCAGCGAAUUGUCGGGUAUCGAUUUUGGCCAUACAAAAAAAUUAAUUUCAACUCGCUGGGGCUCUAUUCUUAGUGGUUGCUUUGCUCUGUCAAAUUAAGUUAUCAAAAAUUUACUGAUGCGAGUUAUACGUCAAAGGCCCCUUGCGGGAGAUCGUUUGCAAAAAACGAAAAUCCCUCACAAGGUUUUUUUCAAGAUGUCUUAGCAAUCCUCUGGCGUAAUUUUGUGGCAAUCCGUCAUAUUUGCAUACUCCAUAAAUUCAGUCAUAGAGGAGACCCUCGCGUAAAAACAAUGUCCGUCCUUUUUUUUCUUUGCUUCAAAAUGUUUAUGAACAUUUCUCUGACCGCACGAGCAAUUUGUUGCUUAGUUACUCAGGACACCCAUAAGUUGAU